GGGUUUGAAAUUUGAAGAUCAGGUUGGCCAGCAUAACGGUACAUAUAAACAAACGUAAACAACGCAAACGCAUGAUCAAAAGAAUUGUAUAAAAGAAUUUUCAUAUUUAAAAUAUUUAUUUUAAGACACAACCAGACGUAAGCAGAUAAUUUUACUAACAUGGACGAUGAACGGAAACGAUCUUUAUUUGUUGGAAAUCUGGCGACGCCACAGACCACAGAAGCUUUGCUUCACGAACUUUUUCUCCAAGUCGGCCCUGUACAGAAAGUGGUGAUUCCGAAAAAUAAGCAGGGCAACGGAGGCCCGGCCAACUACGGCUUUGUCACCUUUAAACACGAGAGUUCCGUCCUGUACGCCACAAAUGUCCUAGCCGGGUCGAGUCUCUUUGGACGUCCCUUAAAGCUUCAGCUGCGUGAUGGAGGUGCCGGCAGCACCCCCCAGCAGUCGCCAGUUACCCCGAGACACCCCCAGCAGCACCAGGACAUGUAUUCGCCCCAAAUGUACCAGCAGCACAAUGACAGGGCUGUCUACGAGCACAGCGGAGGCAGGCAUUACGAUAGAUCGCAGGAGAGGAAUCGGUACCAAGACCGCCCUCAGGAACGGUACCACCCCCAGGAGCGUCCCCGAGACUCCCGGAGGCGACAGCAACACCCCUAUCAAAAUCAGCAACAAGGCUACCAGCGUCAUAAUCGCAGCAGACGAUAAAUUUAAAUUGUAAAUUAUACUUGUGAUUUAUUUGUUUGUAAUGUUUGUAUCCGUCACGAAUGGACAUUCAGUUGUUGACAAGCAGAUUAUUAUUUUAUAAUAAUAUGAACUUUUUAUGCGCGCUUUCGGUAGCCUGAGAUUGGCAGACAUUGGAAGAGGAUAUAAAUUAAUUUUUAUAUAUUGCAUGCCAAAAUUAAAAUAAAUUUAAACUUUAUAAAUAACUUCUAAA